AUGACACAGACUGAUAAUCCCGUUCCCAACUGUGGUUUGCUGCCCGAGCAGCAGUAUUGUUCUGCAGACCAUGAAGAGCCACUGUUGUUGCAUGAAGAACAACUGAUAUUUCCUGAUCAUUCCUCCCAACUGUCCUCGGCAGAUAUCAUCGAGCCAAUUAAGAUGAGCAGCAGUACGGACUCUAUUAUUGGGUCCACGCUGCGAAAGAAAUCGGUGCCGCUGUCCUCAACGCAGAUUACAGCUCUUUCCGGCGCAUUUGCUGGAUUCUUAUCGGGUGUGGCAGUAUGUCCUCUCGACGUUGCCAAAACGCGAUUGCAAGCACAAGGACUACAAACCAGGUUCGAGAACCCCUACUAUCGAGGGAUAAUGGGGACUCUGAGUACUAUAGUAAGAGACGAGGGCCCACGAGGCCUAUACAAAGGGCUGGUACCGAUCGUCCUGGGCUACUUCCCAACCUGGAUGAUAUACUUUUCCGCGUACGAAUUCAGUAAAAAAUUCUUCCAUGGCAUCUUCCCACAGUUUGAUUUCGUUGCCCAGUCAUGUGCUGCCAUCACGGCAGGAGCUGCAUCUACGACGCUGACCAACCCAAUCUGGGUCGUGAAGACAAGACUUAUGUUGCAAUCAAACCUUGGCGAGCACCCUACACAUUACAAAGGGACUUUCGAUGCAUUCAAGAAGAUAUUUUCCCAGGAAGGGUUCAAAGCAUUAUAUGCGGGGCUGGUCCCCUCACUGUUAGGGCUAUUUCAUGUGGCUAUCCAUUUCCCUAUAUACGAAGAUUUGAAGAUAAGAUUCCACUGCUAUUCUCGGGAGGACAACGCCAACUCCAUCAACUUACAACGAUUGAUCAUGGCAUCAUCUGUUUCUAAGAUGAUUGCCUCAGCGGUGACAUAUCCACACGAAAUCUUACGAACCAGAAUGCAACUGAAAUCUGAUAUACCGGAUUCCAUUCAACGACGUCUGUUCCCCCUCAUUAAGGCAACUUAUGCACAAGAGGGAAUCAAAGGAUUUUACUCUGGAUUUACUACAAACCUAGUACGAACCAUUCCAGCCUCGGCAAUCACUCUAGUAUCCUUUGAGUAUUUCAGAAACCGUCUGGAAAAUAUUAGCUCUGUAGCAUUUUAG